AUGAAUUCAUCUUUUUCCAAAGUUCAUUCGAGUACAUCGCGGAAAGCGGCCAUCACUUCCCUGUACGUAAUUCUUAUAAUGGUCACUGUUCUUGGCAAUCUCCUCGUCGUGAGAGCUUUUAGUAAAUUUGCAAACCUGCGGACCGUUUCUAACACCAUACUGGUCAGUUUGGCAGUGGCAGAUAUGCUUAUGGUAUUUGUAUUUAUCCUACACAUCACAAACAUUCAAUUUCCGAGAUUAACGCCCCGUCACCAAUUAUGCAGCGUUGCAUCGAUGCUUAACCUCACCGUCAACGCCAUUAUUAUCCUUCACCUUGCCUUGAUCAGCGUGGAACGCUUCCUAGCCAUCAAAUAUGCCUUGUCGUAUCACGCCCUAGUGACUCAUCGUCGAGCAAUAAUCGCGUUCGCUGUAGUUUGGUUUUGGGGAAUUAGCAUUUCCAUGAUAUUUCCCGAGACGUUGAAGGCAGACGGCUUGAAGACGUUCAAAGAGUUUUUACAAGGCCUAACACCUUGUUUUGUUUCUGAAGAGCCCUUCUUUUUGCAUUCAGAAUCGGUUCGAGCCUACCUGGUUUUCUUGGUCGUGGCACUGUUAGUGAUGCCAAUAGGUAUAAUUGUGACCUCAUACAGCUACAUCUUCCGUGUCGCUUGGAAACAGAGAAUUAAGAUCCAGGACGGACAGAACUCGCACUUGCAUAAAAUCUUCAGGAGGCGCGAGAUGAAAGGUGCUUGGACGGUGGCCAUCGUUGUGGGACUUUGUCUCGUUAGUUUUAUCCCGUUGUUGGUAACACUGUGUCUUCACUUCCUUAAUGUAACGACAGUUAAAAUACAUCAGAUGCACGGAGUAUAUUUUGCUGCAAGCAUGAACGCCUGGUGGAAUCCCCUGAUAUAUUGCUGGAGAAACGAAAGCUUUAGGAGAAAUAUCAAACGACUUCUGAAGUGC